AUGUCUGUUAAAUGCCCUCCUAUCAAGAUCUCUCGUUUACCUUUUGCCAACGUGCAUAGGAUCCACUGGGUCUCGCGUCUUGCAUCGGCGACCCAGCCGUUGAAGUACAGGAACUUACAGCAGCUUCCAUCACUAUCGGAUGUUUGUUUGUGUGAGAUCCACGCACCGCGGACAUUGCCUCGCAGCAAGCUACUGCAAGCCAUGAAUGCGAUGCUUCUGCUGUCUCAAAUUGCAUUGCGAGAUAUCAGACAAGAUCUCAGGGCUAUGGAUGUGCGAAAAAGAACCAGCGACUCUGAGCCACCACGUCAAAAGUCAAAGAGUUGUUCCAUUUCAGAUGCAGGAGAUAGUUGGGACCAAGUUUGUUUAGUCGAUGCACAGUACAACGAUGCUCGUAGCUUGUUAUGA